AUGAAGGCCUCUACCAUCUUCACCACACUUGCCGCAGUCCUUCCUGCAUUUGCAGUACCCACAGCUCGCUCCACCAGUCACUCCUUCGGCGGUCUGGCCAUUCACUCGGGCUCCCCUAUCCACCUCUCUGCCGUAAAUGCGAAUGGCAACGCCUUCUGGCUUGGCAAGGAGACAUACUCCUACUGCCCCAACACGACCGUCGCUUCCUGCCCCGAAGGAAAAUACACUUACUUUACCAACGGCAACGACACCCUCUCUCUCAGCGUCGAGGUUCCUGGCGGUCAGCGCGUCUACGUCGCUGAAGAUGGAAGUCUCGGCUACACCAUUCCUCACGGCAGCGUCGGCGGCGGUCAANAUGUCAGCUACACUGGCUUCAGCUUGAAGGACAGUGGUAUUCAUCUCCAGUACAAUAACAGCGAUUGGAUUGCCGUGCCUGUCGACGGUGCGUACAAGGUUUAUGCUGCUGCUGCUGAGAAUGCUCCUAAGAACGGUACUGGCUUCUCCUUCAGAGUGCAGUCUGUCAACACCACUUUUGGUGCUUGGGAGUAUUAA